UCCAAUUUGCCCGCUCGGAUUCAUUACUUGCUCUGACUCUUGCCCUCGUCUGAAGGGUGUUGUGUGACAACCGUGAAUGCUCCGCUUUCACCCCAGCGAUGGCCGGGGGGGUUGUCGUCCGCAGACGGAACGUCCAUUGUAAAACGAAGACUAAAACUGGUUGUGCAACCUGCAGAGCUCGCAAGAUAAAGUGCGACGAAAAUAGGCCAUUUUGCCGGAAAUGUGUCAAUACUGGCCGUACUUGCGACGGCUACGAAGUUACCUUCAGAAACUUCACCAGCCAACCCAUUACCAGCGUUCAUGGGGGCAAAAUCAAGUCAGACGCUUGUUUACAGCCCAUCCGGCCCACCUUGACCGAGAUCACCCCUCAGGACAUCGACCUCCUCAAUCGUUACUUCUCAACCAAAACCAUGUUCGACGUGAACCUAGGCUGUGAUGAAGAAGCCAGGCAAAUUCUCCAAGCCAGCUUGACUGAUCCGCCUAUACGACACGCAGUCUUGUCUCUCAGAGCACUUCGGGAGGAUCUCGAGACGUUCGGAGACGGUCCCGCGUCUGUCGCGCAGCAGAACCCCAGCUACCAACAUGGUGUCCAGCAAUACAGUAUGGCACUAGGGGGUCUUGCAUCUAACUUGUCGUCUCUGGGCUCAAAAGGGUUGAAGUCGGCAUUACUAUGCUGUCAGAUCUUCAUCAGCAUUGAGCAAGUGCGGAAGAAUUACGCUGCCAUGGCCCAACACAUCAUUCAAGGACUCAGGAUCAUGCACGAACACCGGGCAAGGCCAGGGUUUGUCGCGGCGAACAAAUUGGUACCAGCACACCAUGAUCAUUUGCCCUUCUUGGAUGUUUUCAUCAUUAAGCUAUUUGCUGCACCAUGUAAAUUCGCGGAUCCUCCAACAACCGUCGACGGAAACGGAACGACCUUGUCUGCACGUGUGAUUUUGCCUUGUGAACAGCCUGUUAAGGCUCGCAAUCUUCGCACAAUUGCGCCCGACAUACGGACCGGACUUACAAGAAUCGCUGCGUCAACCCUUGAAUUCCUCGACAAAGUGUCCCAAGUCGACGCGGCAGAAGUCGCUCUUCGACUACUCCCUGAGAAAGCAGCCCUUCUGACCUCGUUAGAAUCAUGGCUCACCGACCUUGAACUCGCUCAGACGAAGACGAGACCUUCUGUGUCUGAGCCCAUUUCAGUGUCUUUCUUGCGUCUCUUCCAUCUAAUACUGAAAAUUGUUGUGUUGGGGGCGCUAAACUCCUCACCGGACCUCUAUGCCGAGCUGCAGACCGAGAACGACCGUUUACAAGAAAUAGCAAACAAUGUCGGUGAAAGAGUCAGGACAUAUAGAACGAGUAAUGGAACCAGUGAUGGUGGUCGAGAGGAGCGGGCCACGCUCUGAUAGCUUCACGGCACUGGGUUCGCCCCCCUACGAUACUCGAAGAAACUGUGGUCUCGAAGCCGGAAACUCGCAAGUUACAUGGCAUACUGAUCAUUAGUGGGGGAGAGAGCCUCCCGCCCAAGCGAAAGCAAUGGAGAAACUACGAUCUAUCCCGCGCACUCUGGCUGUUCACCUUUGACUAUCGACACGAGGGCUUAAUGCUGGCGUAGAUAUCCGCGCCAUGAUAAACGCUGCGGAUAGGACUUUGGUGAGGUGCUCCAGAUGAGCUAUUCGAACGGGUUCUUCGGUUAUGAUGAAGGCGAUUCCAUCAUUGAAGAUGAUAUGUCCGAUGAUGGCGAGGAAGUUUCGGCUCUGCAGCACGGCGAGGACAUUGUUCUUGGGCUGCCCGUCGAGACUUCCGAUGGUGGACUGGGGGUGCUUUUCUCGGAGACUCUGUGGACCAACUUGUUAUGAUUCCUUCUCAGAUCUGUUGUAACACACGGAUGACCACUGGCAUUCUCUCUACGAAG